AUGGCGGAUGAACAGGAAGUUACUUUCGGACCACAUGGUGGUGAAGAAGGACAAUCAUGGGAUGACGGAACUCACAAUACAAUAAGAGAAUUAAUUAUAUAUUCCUUAUCAGCAGUUAGAACCAUUCAAGUUGUCUAUGAUGAUGGUGAAGGAAAUCCAAUCACGGGAAAGAAACACGGCCGUGACUGCGAAGAACCAAACAGGGUCAAAUUAAAUUAUCCUACCGAGUACCUUGUCUCAAUAUCAGGGUACACAGGGUCCUAUCUUAAUACACAUGUUGUGAAAUCUAUUACAUUACAAAGCAAUAUUAGACAAUAUGGACCAUAUGGUGAGGAGGAAGGAACUCAUUUUUCAAACCCGUCAACUUCUGGCAAGAUUGUUGGAUUCUUUGGAAGACAGGGUGAUGUUGUUAAUUCGAUUGGAGUAUACAUUAAGCCAAUCCCAAUCCAAACUACAAUACCUAGUGUUGGUCCAUUUGGAAAUGCUACCGGACAGAAGUGGGAUGACGGAACUUACAACACUAUAAGGGGAAUAAGUAUACAGUCCGGAUGGUUAAUUGAUUCCAUCCAAGUUAUCUAUAAUGAUAUUGAAGGAAAUGCAGUCUCAGGCAAAAAGCAUGGUAGUGAUAGCGGACAACAAAACACGGUCAAAUUAGACUACCCUGGUGAAUUUUUGCUUUCAGUUUGGGGGUACUAUGGACAAGUUAAUAAAAUGGUUGUUAUCCGGUCGCUCGGAUUUCAAAGCAACAAAAAAACAUAUGGACCGUUUGGUAUGGAGGAUGGAGAGAAAUUUGAAUUCCGAUCUGAUACUAGUGGCAAGAUCAUUGGAUUUCAUGGAAGGUCUGACAAGUAUCUUACUGCAAUUGGAGCAUAUUACGACAAGUGA